UUUCUGGCCUGAAAGACACGCUGCGACACAUAAAGAGACCGGAGAGCUGUGUGUUGAACAUUCACCGUGUAGUCGACUGAAACCCUUAAACGAAGCUAAACGUGGUUUGUGUCCUGAGAGCAGCUUUGCCAUCAGACACUGGGAAGCUAACAUAGCGUUAGCUGCAUACCGAACUUUGAUAGUAUCGUUUUCGUCAGGAAUAUCCAAAAGGUAGAAGCUCAUCGGUUGGAGAAAGGAAGACAGCUGGAGUUGCAGGGAUUCUAGCAUCCCUUGUCACCGUCGCCCCCUGAGAUGACAUCACAACAACCACAGCUCCCCAACGCUGUCAUUCCUCCCCAGCUUGCUCAGAACUCCUCUGCUCAGCAUGCCCGGCCUCACAUUCAGGCCAACCAGCUGGACUCAAGUCAGAGCAGUGCAAAUGCUGGGCCUCUUGAACACAGAGCUCUGGCAGGCAGACCAGGCUGCUCCGGUGUAGCAGCCGCCAGUGGGGCACUGGCCAACAGGAAUGUUUCCGCUUCCUCCACCAACUCCAGCUUGUCCAGAAGAGAUGGGGGCUUUGAGCCAUGGCCGGAGGAAGCAGUGGACAACUCCCAUGGGCUAUACUCACUCCACCGCAUGUUUGACAUAGUUGGAGCCCAGCUAACGCACCGGGAUGUCAGGGUACUGUCGUUCCUUUUUGUUGAUGUCAUUGAUGAGUAUGAGCGUGGUGGCAUCAGGAGCGGAAGAGAUUUCCUGCUGGCGCUGGAGCGCCAAGGUCGCUGUGAUGAGACCAACUUCCGGCACGUCCUCCAGCUUCUGAGGAUUAUCACCCGGCAUGACCUUUUGCCUUAUGUCACACUCAGGAAACGGCAGGCUGUGUGCCCAGAUCCUGUUGAUAAGUACCUGGAGGAGACAUCAGUACGCUACAUUUCACCCAGAGGAACAGCGCAGAGCAAGGACACUGCACCUCACAGACGAACAGGUCCACAGCCAGUUAUUUGUUGUUCCCCAUCAGGAUCACACGUUGGCCCCGCUCGAACAAAGCCAGCUCCCUCUGUACCAAACCGCAAACGAAAGAGAAGUCAUUCCUCAGCCGACUGCAGAGAGAAGCAGACAUGUGAUAUUCGCCUCCGAGUUCGGGCUGAGUAUUGCCAGCACGAGUCUGCGCUUCAAGGAAACGUCUUCUCCAACAAGCAAGAGGCCGUGGAGCGCCAGUUUGAGCGCUUCAACCAGGCCAACACUAUCCUGAAGUCCAGAGAUCUGGGCUCCAUCAUCUGUGACAUCAAGUUCUCUGAGCUGACCUACUUGGAUGCCUUCUGGAGGGACUACAUCAAUGGAUCGUUGCUAGAGGCCCUUAAAGGGGUCUUUAUCACAGAUUCCCUAAAACAGGCCGUGGGCCACGAGGCCAUAAAACUCUUGGUCAAUGUCGAUGAGGAGGACUACCAGGCUGGUCGACGCAAACUUCUCCGUAAUUUGGUCACAAGUGGAGGGAGCCCACCGGUGGGUAACAAAGACUCGGUAUCUUAGACACACCCUCCACGUGGUAGCAUACAGGAGGAACACUGCUGUGCCUCCGCCCCAGGGAAUAGGCUGAGAUGUGGUGGUGGUGGUGGUGGUCGUUUGAGGUGCCUGAAGUGCGUGCCUAAAAGGAACUGAUUAAUUUGCAGCCACCCCAUUAAUUCCCUGAGAGCUAAGAUCAUAGAAUACCUACUUGGCACCCUUAAGCAUAGCAUGCAAGGAGAUCUGGAACUACGUUAGCGAAAACAGGCGAUGCAUACAGAUUGGCAUUAUUUUGAAUGUUAAGCAGUUCAUGUUCUCGAAGGUAAAGGUAAUGCGGAUCUUAUGUGUGCAUUCAAUUUAGCUAAUUUCUGGCUUGUGGUAAGUUGGCUCAUCCAAACACCUCGGUUAACUCUAACGAUGCUCUUCACUCCUGUUCUACAGUGAAGUUAUUUUCAAUACAGGAAACACAUUGACUAGUUACUCCCAGUGGGAGUUGAACCUUAUUGUCAAACUAGCUAAUUGCUUUUCCCGGUUUUUCAGGUACAUUACAGAUUGAAUUAGCCAAUAGCAGAAUGUUCUGUAUGUUCUGGCAGACGCAGACCACAGUUGACUUACAAUUUCCUUGUCUAUUUCUUUCAGCUCUUUUCAGCUCCUUGUUGGCAAAGGUGAACUCUUUGCAAAGACGAAGCCUUUUUUUUUUUUCUUUUUUUCUGUCGACAUCAUUGUGUCUUGGCUCUCUAUAUCCUCACACGUUUCGGUACCAGCAACUGUGAUUUCUACCAUAAUUUGAAACUUCAAUUGUUCAGUCACUGCCAAUAUUUAAAAUUAAUAUUUUAUGGAUCAUUCUGACGUGUUGUAUCAUAAUCAGUGAAACACUAACUCUUCCACCGGUAUCUUAGAUCUGUUUGAAUUUGAAACUGCGUGCCACUUUCAUCGUCAGCCUGUACGUCACGUGCCCUUUCACUCAUAAUACAACACUGAACUUUUUAAAAAACAUAGAAUAAAUGUAAAUAAAUUUCAUAUAUAUGCAUAUGAAGUUUAUUUAAGCUAAUCAUCCGUAUCCCAUUCGGGGGUAUGGCCACCUGCCUGAGGUCGGGGAAACACUGAAGUAAACCCACAGUUCUCGUUUUUGUGAAGAUAUUUUACCCACUGAACUCACACGUUAAAUCAGGCAGUUUGUCGCUGUGGGGGUGCAUCAUGCCGUCUGUUGAACGACUACGUCAUUGCGUCCGUGCUCUCUAAAGGUGGUACAAGCAUGUUGGUGAAAUGAGUAUCUCCCUUCAAAGAACAGGCGUCCGUAGUAAACCAAACGGGGCAUUCGUUUUCGUUGAUGAUCCUCUCUACAAUUUAGGGCGCAAAACUAACAACGAUGAGCUUCUAGUUGGCAGAAUACCGAGUUCACAGUGUAGCCUGAAAUGCUAAUUAACCAAAAUGUGAAUUUCUGUUCAUUUCUGUAGAUCAACGGGACAUGUAGGUUAGGUGUCUGUGAGAAGCCCAUGUCGAGAGUAUUACUGAUAUUUCCUUUGUUUUGUACACUUGAUAGGAAUACCCUUCUUGUUCUUGGAACUCCCCCUCCCCUCCCCUGUACAGCCUGAAAUCUUCACGGCAUUAGCAUCGCAGGCUUGUGUUGUUUGUCUUUCCAUGAGACUUUGUGGGUUAGGACUACAGACUGCUGCUGUCUAUGCUAGGCUCAUGCUGAACUUCUUUUUGUUUUUUGUGUGUGUGUGUGUCCAGCUCUUUGUACGCCGAAGUCUCUGUGCUGGGUUCUAAAUGCAACUUUUAACGAAAAAUACGAAGGUCAGCCAACCUUGUCAACACACGAUUAUAUCAGUAUUGGAAAAUCCUCCGAAAGUCCGCGUUAUGUUUGACGAUAGCCGUCACAUUGUUGGGUCCCACAGAGAAAGAUUGUGGUCACAUUUCAAAGUAGUAAAAUGUCAACUGCAGGUCAGAGACUGUCUGAAGUCAAGACACCAACACACUCAUUCAUCAUAGCAGCCUAAGCGCUACUUCCCGCGUUGGCGCUUCAGCAUUACACACAGAAUCAUCCAUAUGGACGCAAUUCAAAGGGAUACUAGGCGGGAGCUGACUCCAGCGUCAGGAAGGUGCCAUUGCAGACUCAGAGCAGUUGUUUGGAAAUGUUUAAUACGAGCGAUAUACAGGAAUGUCAAACAUGAAGUAUUAGCAUAAUGCUGUUUUGUGAUGAGAUUAUUUUUUUGAUUUUUUUUGUAGCAGAAAUAGAUUAGAGCGUGAAUGUCGCUUCGGUAAGAACUGUCAUUUGAAACACCAGUCUCUAAUGCUAAUACAUUUUUCCUUUUUUUGUUUUUGUUUUUCGUUGUUGUUACUUGGCACACACAU